CAAAUCCUCGCCGUACGUUCUCCUCUCGCAUCUCUACCGCUGCGGGCAUUUGAAUUUGGCGGGAGAGUUUGUAAACGGGCGGCUGGGAUGCGUUUAAUCGUGGCUAUAGGAUGGAAUGGAGAUCGACGGUGGGCGGGCAACCCUUGCUCAAAUGGCGAAGAGAAAGCGCAAGGGCGCGGCAGCUCCUGCCAAAGGCGAUGGAGGCGAUGGCGGCGAUGGGGGCGAGGCGGUGGAGAAUGACGCAGGCGCCAGCUCCCCCCAGUGCUUGUAUGAGAUCCUUGGGGUUGAGCGGACGGCUUCCCAGGCGGAGAUCAAGAAGGCUUAUCACAAGCUUGCUCUGCGAUUACAUCCGGACAAGAAUCCGGAAGACAAGGACGCCAAUGAAAAAUUUCAAUCGCUCCAGAAUGUUUUUGCCGUCCUGGGUGAUCCUGAAAAGAGAGCUCUGUACGACGAAACUGGAUCUGUUGAAGACGCUGAGUUAUUGGGGGAUCGUGGCAAAUCACUCUAUGAGUACUUUAGGACGAUCUACAAGCCUGUCACUGAAGAAGAUAUCGAGGCGUUUGCAGCAGCAUACAGAGGCUCUGACACAGAGAAAAAAGAUCUCAAGGAGUUGUACACAAAAUGCAAAGGCAACAUGAACCUAGUCUUUGGGAUGCUCAUGUGCUCAGAGCCCAAGCUUGACUCGCAUCGUUUUAUGGAGGUGAUCGAUGAAGCAAUUGCUUCUGGGGAGUUAAAGUCGACUAACACAUAUCGUAAAUGGGCCAAGAAGACUGCAACGCAGCCGGCUCCUGCCGAUCCCUUCGAGAGACGGCAGAACCCCCCUGAAAACUUACUUGCAGCCAUACAGUCCCGUCAAAAACGGAUGAAUUCACUUACCUCUGCGCUAGAGGCGAAGUAUGGCGGCAAGAAGAAAGAGAAGAAUGCCAUGCCUCAGGAACCAUCCGAGGAAGAGUUUGAAGCAGCGAGGCAGAGGCUCAAAGCCAAGGGGAAAGCAAAAAAAGCUUAGCUACAAGCGCGCCUGGUUUUAUUCUGGACCUUGGACGUUGUAAAGUCUUGUACGCGUCUAUGGCUACUCUACAUGAAUUGUCUUCCGAUCCCGAUCCUGUCCGUGUGGCAGACCUCAACGAUUAUCCCUGCAAGCCGUAUGUCAACGUGACGAUCGACGACUUCGUCUUCAGCAUUCCCGCCGAUCCCAGCCAGGCCCCCCUCGGGAACCAGCGGCACUCCAGCCAACGUCGAGACCUUCACGGAGGGCUUUUCGUUUUGCUCGGCUCGACUUUGUGGAGGGUAGAGGAUCGAGCUUGAUCUUGGCGAGGUCUCAAAGUUUGGAGAUCCGAGAGCGAGUAUCUAGCGCCACUGGUUAUAGAAGAGUAGAAGGGGAUCAACUGCUCACCUCGUUCGUCUGGUGAUUGAUGCGUCGUGGGGAGAUCAUUGAUCUGCUUCCUUGAAGCGGGAAGUUUGCUGCAAGUUUGUCUUUCUGUGAUUUAACUAAGUAUUUUGCUGGA